AUGGGCAAUCAAGUGUCUAAUGGUUCGCCGGUGACCGGAAAAGUGAUCCUUCUAGAUGGUUCGAUCCAAGAAUUUGACAAGCCCUUAACUGUGGCUGAGUUAAUGUUAGAGUAUCCACAACAAAUGGUGGUUGAUCUAAAAUCAACAACAACACAAAAAAAGCCUAGUCCUUUGCCAGCUGAUAAAACCCUAGAGGUUGAUAAAAUUUACCUUAUGGUUCCUCUAAGGAAAGGUAAACUAGCUCAUUUGUCUCCCCAAGAGGCUCAUCAUAUUCUUCUUAGGGUGAACGCGAUACUUAGGUCAAAAACAUUGAAUUCUUCAUCGAAAUUCAUCCCUCUUUUCGCUAAGAUUUGUCCUGCCAUGACUAAUAUUGAAGAUAGCUAUGGUAAGUCUGCGGUAUCUAAGAGAGAGGUAUUGGGUUCUGAGGAUUGGAAAAUGGAAGAGGGUGGCGAGUUUGAUGAUGAGGGUUUGGAUUUGAUUGAAAAACCGGAUUAUCUUAGUAGGCAAGUCUCGGGAAAAAGUUGGAAGCCAAGUUUAGACACCAUAGAAGAGAAGAAAAAUGAGAUUAAGAAGGUGUCUAAUUGGGUGAUUGUUGCAAAUAAGGUUGGUAAGAGGAUACACUCUAAGGGCUUAGUUUGGGGUUGA